AUGAGACAAUAUGCGGUUUGUAGUGAAGACCUUAAUGAAAUUCAACAACACUUACAGGAAUGUGAUGAUUUGUAUGACACAAUAGCCCCAGUAACACAACACACUGAACUUCAAGAUCAGGAUGAAGGUAAUACAGACACACAUCCAGAUCUAAAUGAAAAUUAUGAUCUAUCGGAGGAUCUGGGCAUUUCGUCAACUUUACCUAAUAAUGAACCACUUGUUCUAAAUGAAAUGCAAGAUGAUGAGUAUCGAGGUUUGGUUCAAAUGCUCAAUAAAAAACAGAGAGAAUUCUUUUACCAUGUUUUACAUCUUAUUAGAAUAUCUGAUAAACCAUUUUAUGCAUUCUUGAGUGGAAGUGGAGGUGUUGGCAAAUCUCAUCUUAUCAAGUCAAUUUAUCAGGCUGCAUUAAAGUACUAUAAUGCAAAAGCUGGUGAAGAUUUUCAUCGUUCUCACAUAUUAUUACUUGCUCCCACAGGAAAAGCAGCUUAUCUUAUCAAAGGUAACACAAUUCAUAGCGCUUUAGCAAUUCCAGCAAGCCAAUCGCUUAAAAACUAUAAACCACUAGAUUCUGGUAGGUUAAAUACAUUAAGAUGUGAAUUGGGUGCAUUGAAGUUGAUAUUACUUGAUGAAAUUUCAAUGGUUGGAAAUAGUAUGUUUACAAUUCAAUUGAAUAACCGUUUAAAGGAUUUAAAAGGAAGCAAAGAAGAUUUUGGUGGUGUAAGCAUCAUCACAAUAGGUGACUUAUUUCAACUUAAACCUGUUAUGGAUGGCUACAUUUUCACUGAUGUUCAAUCCCUAAAUUCAUCUAAUAUUCUUGUUCCAAACCAGUGGCGUAGCUAGCGGUCCUGCUUGUCCUGCCCAGCAGGACUAAAAAUUUCCCCAAAUUUCCUUACUAAAACAUUGCUUUAUUCAUCUUGAAGCUUUAAAUAUUUAUCAUCAUAUUGUUAUUUUGUCUCAUUUUCUCGUCUUUUUCGUUAUUAUUUUUUAAAAAGUUUUUCGCAUUCUGUUACAUUUACGCAAUUUUACAGCUUGCCGUGUCUGUUACCUAGCAACUGCAACUCUACAUUGAUUUACACGCGACUCGUAUUUCAGUCCUGCCAUUUUCAAAUGGCAGGACUUGCUAGUAUAUUUCAUAGUAAAUUCAUACAAGAAAUCUUGGUUUCUGAUUGGAUAAUUAGGUUUGCGCAUGCUCAAACCGACUGUUUACAAAUGCGAAGUCCUGCUCUCUCGAAAUGUCAGGACUUGGCCUUAUAUUGUCUUUACUUGCGAGCUUUCCGCGUGACUAAACCCACUUUUUACUAAUUCUGUCGAGAUUACUCAAGUUAUGAAUAUGGAAAUCAACGAGUGUGGAAGCCCAAUGUGAUUUUGAUAUAAUUUCUGGCUUCUGCUAAGAUAUUUUAGCUCAUGAAAUGCAUGUGAACAGACUCGACUGAUGAUUGUGUAUUUUUAUAAUACAAUAUAAUGGGGAAUACAAACUUCAUUUGUGAAGCCUGUCGUAUUGAUAUAAAGUAAGAACGUAUUAUUUACUGCCAGUUCAUCUGCUUUGUGCAUUUGAAACGAGCACUUAUAUGGAGUUUAAUUUUAAAAAUGAUAUAGCCUACUGUACCAAUUCACACUGUUUAUGUAGAUAUUUGGCCGCAUAGACUAUAUUAUAUGUUGAUCAAGUGAAAGAUCGUAUUAUAGACGCGUAUUGUUUACAUGAUAUUUUCCUCUUUCGUGACUUGACUAUAUUUAGCUACAUUUUCAGAUAAUUAAGUUGAAAAAUAUAUAGUGAAAUAUGAUAAAAAAAUGCAUGGAUUUCAAAAAGUUACAAAUUUUGUUUUCUAAAAAAAUUAUCAAAAAUUUUCCGCUAAUCACGCAUUUUUUUUAUAUUCCCUUUGGAGUGAUUUCGCCGUGAAAUCGCAGGAAAUGGCCAUUUCAGACUUCUAAAAUUCAAAAUUUCCAGGGGGAGCAUACCCGGGACCCCCCAAGAAUGUAUGGAUCUUAGAGCAGGACUAGUCAAAUUUCGCUAGCUACGCCACUGUUCCAAACUUAUGGAAAAAGUACUUCAGAAUGUUUGAGCUCGAUGAAAUUAUGCGACAGAGAGAAAGCAAAAUGUUUGCUGAAGUUUUAAAUAGAUUAAGUGAAGGAAAACAUACUUCCAGUGACCUCCAGAAGCUAAAGGAGAGAUGUGUUCAAGAAUCUAACUGUCCAAGUGAAGCUCCUCGUUUGUUUAUUCAAAAUGCUUUGGUUGACAAUUAUAAUGAAAAAGUGUUUGAAUCUUUUAGUGAUAACAAAUACACAAUUAAAGCACAAGAUAGUGUUAUUGGAGCAUGUUCUGCUGAGCUCAAAGAGAAAAUAAUGAGGCAAAUACCUUAUGUUUCACUUAGAAACUCUAAACAGUUGGCUCUUAAACUAAAACUUGCUGUAGGGCAACGAACAGAAAUUGCAAUCAAUGUGCGAACUGAUGAUGGUCUUACAAAUGGUGCAAGUAAUGUCAUAAGAUUAAUACAGUUAAAUAAUGAAAGUAAACCAUCUGGUAUAGUUUGGGUCCAGUUUGACUAUGAAGAUGUUGGGAGAAAGACCAGACAAGAAAACAGAAAUCUGUAUGGUAGAAGUAUUGACAAUACAUGGACACCAAUUAAAUCCGUUACAACACAAUUUGCUGUUGGAAAAACUAAAUCAGCUCAAGUUGUAAGAAAGCAAUUUCCACUAAGGGCUGCAUCAGCUAAAACUGUACAUAGAUCCCAAGGUGAUACCCAGACACAAAUAGUUGCUAACCUAAGUACUAACAGGACUAUUGCACAUAUACAUUAUGUUGCUCUAAGCCGAGUUACAACAAUUGAAAGAUUAUAUAUCACUGACCUAUGUGAGGAUAAAAUAUCUGUUGAUCAAAGAGUUAUAAAAGAAAUGGAAAUGUUAAGAACAGAACAUUGCUUGAAACUUUGUUUCACACCUUUGUACAUGUUAGAUCACUCCAAUUUGAAAAUUUGUUACCUCAAUGCCCAAUCUCUACAUAAACACAUUGAAGAUGUUCGAAAAGACCCUAAUUACUUCUCAACAGACAUUUUAAUAUUUACUGAAACAAGGUUUAGUCCUUUAGACCCUGAUGAGAUGUACACUAUUGAUGGUUACAGGUUAUUUCGAAAUGACAUAUCUAAUUAUUCUGGUCCUACCCGUCCAUAUGGUGGAACAGCUGUUUAUAGUCGAACUCCAUUGGCAGAUGGAUAUCCCUGUGCUCGCAAUAUAAAUGGAAUUGAAUUAACUGUGAUUAAAACACAGGAUCAUCCAGAUCUAACUAUGUUUGGAUUAUAUCGUUCUCCUAGCAUUGCUUUAUCACAGCUACUUGCUGCACUCCGUACCAUUCAUGAAGAAAAUGUGUCUGCUCAAAGUAUUGUUAUUGGAGACUAG